AUGCACCUCCCCCAGGUGUCACUGCAGCUCCUGCACCUCCCCCAGGUGUCACUGCAGCUCCUGCACCUCCCCCAGGUGUCACUGCAGCUCCUGCACCUCCCCCAGGUGUCACUGCAGCUCCUGCACCUCCCCCAGGUGUCUCUGCAGCUCAUGCACCUCCCCCAGGUGUCAUUGCAGCUCAUGCACCUCCCCCAGGUGUCACUGCAGCUCCUGCACCUCCCCCAGGUGUCUCUGCAGCUCCUGCACCUCCCCCAGGUGUCACUGCAGCUCCUGCACCUCCUCCAGGUGUCUCUGCAGCCCCUGCACCUCCCCCAGGUGUCUCUGCAGCCCCUGCACCUCCUCCAGGUGUCUCUGCAGCCCCUGCACCUCCCCCAGGUGUCACUGCAGCUCAUGCACCUCCCCCAGGUGUCACUGCAGCUCCUGCACCUCCCCCAGGUGUCACUGCAGCUCCUGCACCUCCUCCAGGUGUCUCUGCAGCCCCUGCACCUCCCCCAGGUGUCACUGCAGCCCCUGCACCUCCCCCAGGUGUCACUGCAGCUCCUGCGCCUCCCCCAGGUGUCACUGCAGCUCCUGCACCUCCCCCAGGUGUCACUGCAGCUCAUGCACCUCCCCCAGGUGUCACUGCAGCUCCUGCGCCUCCCCCAGGUGUCACUGCAGCUCAUGCACCUCCCCCAGGUGUCACUGCAGCUCAUGCACCUCCCCCAGGUGUCACUGCAGCUCCUGCACCUCCCCCAGGUGUCACUGCAGCUCAUGCACCUCCCCCAGGUGUCUCUGCAGCUCAUGCACCUCCCCCAGGUGUCACUGCAGCUCCUGCGCCUCCCUCAGGUGUCACUGCAGCUCCUGCGCCUCCCCCAGGUGUCACUGCAGCUCCUGCGCCUCCCUCAGGUGUCACUGCAGCUCCUGCGCCUCCCUCAGGUGUCACUGCAGCUCCUGCGCCUCCCCCAGGUGUCACUGCAGCUCCUGCGCCUCCCUCAGGUGUCACUGCAGCUCCUGCGCCUCCCUCAGGUGUCACUGCAGCUCCUGCACCUCCCUCAGGUGUCACUGCAGCUCCUGCGCCUCCCUCAGGUGUUACUGCAGCUCCUGCACCUCCCCCAGGUGUCACUGCAGCUCCUGCACCUCCCCCAGCUGUCACUGCAGCUCCUGCACCUCCCCCAGGUGUCACUGCAGCUCCUGCACCUCCCUCAGGUGUCACUGCAGCUCCUGCGCCUCCCUCAGGUGUCACUGCAGCUCCUGCACCUCCUCCAGGUGUCACUGCAGCUCCUGCACCUCCCCCAGGUGUCACUGCAGCUCCUGCACCUCCCCCAGGUGUCACUGCAGCUCCUGCACCUCCCCCAGGUGUCACUGCAGCUCCUGCACCUCCCCCAGGUGUCACUGCAGCUCCUGCACCUCCCCCAGGUGUCACUGCAGCUCCUGCACCUCCUCCAGGUGUCUCUGCAGCUCCUGCGCCUCCCCCAGGUGUCACUGCAGCUCCUGCACCUCCCCCAGCUGACGGACACCUCUCACCGCCCUCCACUUUUCAACACACAACACAACACAACACAACACAACGAAGCUUUUACCGACACCUGUGAGUUCUUCUUUGAUGGUACGACCCUGGACACUUGGUACGACCCCGGACACUUGGUACGACCUCAGACACUUGGUACAAUCACUGACACUUGGUACGACCCCGGACACUUGGUACGACCCUGGACACUUGGUACGACCCUGGACACUUGGUACGACCUGGACACUUGGUACGACCCUGGACACUUGGUACGACCCCGGACACUUGGUACGACCCUGGACACUUGGUACGACCCUGGACACUUGGUACGACCUCAGACACUUGGUACGACCCUGGACACUUGGUACGACCUCAGACACUUGGUACGACCCCGGACACUUGGUACGACCUCAGACACUUGGUACGACCUCAGACACUUGGUACAAUCACUGACACUUGGUACAAUCACUGACACUUGGUACGACCCCGGACACUUGGUACAAUCACUGACACUUGGUACGACCCCGGACACUUGGUACGACCUCAGACACUUGGUACGACCUCAGACACUUGGUACAAUCACUGACACUUGGUACGACCCCGGACACUUGGUACGACCCUGGACACUUGGUACGACCCUGGACACUUGGUACGACCCUGGACACUUGGUACGACCCUGGACACUUGGUACGACCCCGGACACUUGGUACAACCCUGGACACUUGGUACGACCCUGGACACUUGGUACGACCUCAGACACUUGGUACGACCCUGGACACUUGGUACGACCUCAGACACUUGGUACGACCCCGGACAUUUGGUACGACCCCGGACACUUGUGGGCCGCUGUGGUGCAGUGGGCCGCCGUGGUGCAGUGGGCCGCUGUGGUAGAGUGGGCCGCUGUGGUGGAGUGGGCCGCCGUGGUGCAGUGGGCCGCUGUGGUAGAGUGGGCCGCUGUGGUGGAGUGGGCCGCUGUGGUGGAGUGGGCCGCUGUGGUGGAGUGUGCCGCUUUGGUAGAGUGGGCCGCUGUGGUGGAGUGGGCCGCUGUGGUGGAGUGGGCCGCUGUGCUGGAGUGUGCCGCUGUGGUAGAGUGGGCCGCUGUGGUAGAGUGGGCCGCUGUGGUAGAGUGGGCCGCUGUGGUAGAGUGGGCCGCUGUGGUAGAGUGGGCCGCUGUGGUGGAGUGGGCCGCUGUGGUGCAGUGGGCCACUGUGGUGCAGUGGGCCGCUGUGGUAGAGUGGGCCGCUGUGGUAGAGUGGGCCGCUGUGGCAGAAUGGGCCAGGAUCAGGAGCCUCCAGACUUCAAAGAGCAGCGGCUGCAGCUCAUCAGCUCACAUCAAACCCUCACAUCCAGGUCUUUGA